UGCCGAGAAGAGCCAUUACCACAAGUUUUUCAUUAUCAAUAAUAAUGUUAUCGUUUUUGUCGUCAUCUGUAUCAUAGCAACUAUUUGAAGCUUAGUUUUUAUAUAAGUCUCCUCUCGUCCCUGUUCCAGAAAACUGGCCUUACGAAGAAUGGAAUCAUCAAUAGAAACAGUAAACUUUGGAAAAUCUAUUAUAGUACCUAGCGUUCAAAAGCUGGCCGAAGAAUCCUUUCUCACGAUCCCACCUCGCUAUGUAAGGUUCGAUCAGGACCCUCCAAUUAUUUCUGGUCAAAAGUCGUUGCUUUCGUCAGUUCCUGUCAUAGAUCUUCAAAGAUUGGCCGUUGGAGAUUCCAUGGAUUCGGAGUUGGAGAGCUUGCAGUCCGCUUGCAGAGAAUGGGGUUUCUUCCAGGUUGUGAACCACGGAGUAAGCACUGAUUUUCUGGAGGGAGUCAAGUUGGAAAUUGAGAGUUUCUUCGGACUUCCAUAUGAACAGAAGAAGAAGCUGUGGCAGAAGCCAGACAACCAUGAAGGUUUUGGGCAGCUGUUUGUGGUAUCAGAGGAGCAGAAGCUAGAUUGGUCAGACGUGUUCUACAUUACCACUCUUCCUUUCAAUCUCAGGAAGAAUGACCUUUUUGACAAACUUCCUCCAAAGCUCAGAGAUUCUUUGGAAACUUAUGCUAGUGAAAUGAAAAAGCUAGCUUUGGCAAUUCUGGGUCACAUGGCAAAAGCUUUAAAUAUGGAUGCUGAGGAAAUGAAAGAGCUAUUCAAUGAUGGUGUUCAAUCAAUGAGAAUGAAUUACUAUCCUCCAUGCCCUGAACCAGAAAAGGCCAUUGGUUUCACUCCUCAUUCUGAUGCUGUUGCUUUAACUAUCCUGUUUCAGCUCAAUGACACUGAAGGACUACAAAUCCGAAAGGAAGGGAAAUGGGUUCCUGUUAAACCACUUCCAAAUGCUUUUAUUGUCAAUAUUGGAGACAUCAUGGAGAUUGUGAGCAACGGUAUUUAUGGGAGCAUCGAGCAUAGGGCAACGGUGAAUUCAACAAAGGAGAGGCUUUCCAUUGCAACAUUCUACAGUUCAAAGCUAGGCUCCGAGUUGGGCCCUGCAGCCAGCCUCAUUGGCCCUCACAAUCCAGCAAAAUUUAAGCAAGUCCCAUUGGAGAAGUACUUCAAGGAAUUUUUUGCUCGGAAAUUGAAUGGCAAGUCAUAUCUUGACUUCAUGAGAAUAGAAGAUGGAGAAAACAACACCUGAAUAUACUCUUACAAUAAGCAUGAGUUUACGUUCUAUAAUAAAGAUGGGUAUUGGCAGAUUUAUUAAAAUUGAAUUCCAAUUGUGCUUGAUACACCAUUUAGAUAGGUCUAGUCGUUUAGUUCGUAUCAAAACAUUUGCUUGUGGAGGGCCUAAGCCUGUAUUGCAUUAUUUAUCCUUCUCUAAAUAGCUGAAAGCAAAGUUGUUUUCAAGAAAACACAGCCUAAGUACACAUUUUUAUUGUUAAAUAACAGAUUCGCGAUGAUCAA